AUGGCGCACUACCACCGAAGUCGCAGAUUCUCCGACAUGACCAAUGUAAUACCCUCAUAUCCGUCUGAACAUAGUUCUCGCCCUCAUCUUCAAUUUCAAAAUCUCCCUCCUCCACCACUCCAUCACAAACCAAACUACGCACCUCCAUCUUUCUCACCACCUAGGGCCACAGCUGUCGCGAGUAUGGCCAAACGCAAAUACACCGCACACGAGCGCCAGGCUUCCUACGAUCUCAUCGACGACCUACUAAAGCAAUCCUACGAUGAAUUACACAUCCGCUGUGACGCGCGAAUUAUCCUCGUCUCCAACGAAAGCAUGAAAUUGGUCGCAGAACCGAUUCACGGUACGGAGGACAUCGAUCUCGAUCUAGUAGACUACGAGGCGCUGGAGGAUAUUGUCCGAGACGGAGAAUACGACCAACCGUACUACUACAGUAAGGGCGUACGGUUGAUGUUCCGCAAAAUUGAAGGAGCACACAGACACAAAAGUGCUGAUCCGCCACGCGAGCGUCAGCAUACUCGAGACCGCCACGGACCUUCAACGGAGCAGAAGAAGGGUGUUAAGGUUACUGCCUCACCGUCGCCAGCAAAGCAAGCUCCUGCAGAGAAGACGCCAGAGGAGGCAGCUGAGGCGAGAAAGCGCGAUAAAGUCUUUACCUAUGGACCCGGGAUUGCUGUCGCGCUUGCUGGUGUACUAGGUGCUUUAGCUGCACGAUGA